AUGUACCGACCCAACACAGCCAACACAACUAACAAAACCACCACCACCACCAUCAAGUACACUCCUUACUACGACCCCUGGCCACACGUCAAACCCCUUUCCCUCGACAACCCAGCCAAGAGAGACAAAGACAUGGACAACAACUACCGCCUAGCACUCACCAGCACCCGAGACCAAGAAAGCUGGUGGCGGAAGCUGUUAAGGAAUGUUAUCUGCUUGCCGCUGAUGUUGUUGAGCGGUACUGAUGAUGGCUGGCAAGUAUGGAAAGUGUAG